CGUCACGGUGACGUCGUGUGCGGAUUGGUGCCCUGCUGGGGGGAUCGAGGGUCUGUCGAGGCGUUCAACCUGCGUGGGACAGAAAGAGCUUUAAAAGCAUCAUCAUGCAGCGGCACGCGGUGAUCGUGGUGGCGGAUAAAACCACUCUGAAACGGCCUUUUAUUUUCUUAAACGCUGUCAACAUGGCGCUGUGCUUUUUCAUGCUGGCGAUGACGGUGGCCGGUCACAGAGACCUCUUACAAGCCGGCAAACUGGUGUCCAGUGUUUCCGUGCUGAUUCUGUACGUGUUGGAAAUCGGCUGCCUGCUGCUGUCUGUGGUCGGUGUGUGUGGAGCCUGUAAGGAAAAGAGAUGGUGUCUGAUGCUGUUUGCAGCUGGGAUGGCAGCAGCCAGCCAAACGAUGAUCGUGAAAACAGCACUUAGCUACCAACACAUCUACGAGACAGGUGUGGCUCGUGAGGAGGCAAAGUUGCUCUCAAUGAUGCCACUAAACGGUGCCAGCAAAGCCAACAGAACCUUGCUGUACGGGAUCCAAGCACAUUUUAAGUGCUGCGGUCUUGUUGAAGGAUAUAAAGACUGGGGCUCCAGCCUUCCGUCCUCCUGCCUCUGUGAAUAUCCAGCAAAAUGUAUUCGGCUACGGGGCAGCGCUACACUCGGAGCUCCAAAGAACCAGUAUGUUUAUCAGGAGCCUUGCCUACCUAUCUAUGUUUCUGCACUAAAGCGUGGGUUUUCUUUGGCGAUGGGUAUUAAAUUUGGAAGCGGAGUCUUUUGGGUGGUCUUACUCGUCAUGAGCAUCAAGCUGAUGGUGCAGAUCAAACGGAAACAGGAGUUCAUGGCUCUUCUACACACAAACAGAUUCGUCCCCGGUGCCUUCUAGUCACCCAGUAGGUUUUUGUAACCAUUAUCAAAUGUACUUUGUUUGAAUUUGCACAUGUAAACUUGCGCUAUAUGCAUCAUACUGUAACUUGGCUAAUUUGUUCUGUAGGAUCAUAACUGAUUUUUAUCUUAAAAUGUUAAUGCAUGUACAUAACUGAUGUUGAAAGUAACCUAC